CGGCCACCAAUAGUCUGCCGGUGGUUGGCAAAGCCCCUCAGCUAACCGCCUCGACGUCCACGGCGAUGUUGCGUUCGGGUCGCUACAAGUCGCUCGCUGUACGGCAGCUCCGGUUUCUGCACAGCAGUGCUCGGUGUCGGCGCGAGCUGUUCGACCCCAACAACGUCGAAAGGCCAUCAGACGAGGUGGAUGUGUGUAUCGUUGGUGGGGGACCUGCGGGCCUGAGUGCUGCCAUCCGGCUGAAGCAGCUGGAGCAGGAGAAGGGGAGGGAGGUCCGUGUGGUAGUGCUGGAGAAGGGGGCGGAAAUUGGGUCACAUAUUGUAUCUGGCGCAGUCAUCGAGCCCCGAGCGCUGAACGAACUACUGCCGUCCUGGUCCGAGCGGGAUGACCACCCGCUCACGCAGCCCGCGCUCUCCUCCUCCAUGCGCUUCCUCACGCCCACGCGCUCCUUCCCGAUGCCCCACCCCCCGCAGAUGUCCAACAAGGGUAACUACAUCCUCUCGCUCUCGCGCUUCACCGCGUGGCUCGGGGGCAUCGCGGAGGAGCUCGGCGUCGAGGUGUACCCGGGCUUCGCCGGUGCGGGCGUCGUCUACUCCGCGGACGGGAAGAGCGUGCUGGGCGUCAGGACGAACGAGGUCGGGCUGGACCGCCAGGGCCGCAUGAAGGAGACGUUCGAGCCGGGCAUGGAGUUCCGCGCGCGCGUAACACUGCUCGCGGAGGGCGCGCACGGGUCGCUCACGAAGGAGGUGUGCAAGCGAUUCGAAUUGCGAAAGGAGAGCGACCCACAGACGUACGGGAUCGGGCUGAAGGAGGUGUGGCGCGUCGAUCCGGCGCAAUAUAGGCCCGGCGAGGUCGUGCACACGAUGGGCUGGCCGCUGGACGCCAAGACGUACGGCGGCGGGUGGGUGUACCAUAUGGCGGACGGGCUGGUGAGCCUUGGGUUGGUCGUCGGCCUGGACUACGCCAACCCGUACUUGAGUCCGUAUAAUGAGCUGCAGCGAAUGAAGCACCACCCGUACUUCGAGAAGCUCCUGUCGGGCGACGCGACGCGGAUCGCGUACGCCGCGCGCACGCUGAACGAGGGCGGGCUGCAGUCCGUCCCACGGCUGCACUUCCCCGGCGGCGCGCUGAUCGGCUGCUCGGCGGGGUUCGUCAACGUGCCCAAGAUCAAGGGCACGCACAACGCGAUGAAGUCGGGCAUGCUCGCAGCCGAGGCCGCCUUCGCCGCGCUCGAGUCACCGUCCGAGUCCGAGGCGGCAGUGGACAUGAGCGCGUACGAGGCCGCCCUGAAGGAGAGCUGGGUAUGGAAGGAGCUGCACGAGGUGCGCAACCUGCGUCCGAGCUUCAACACGCCGCUCGGCAUCUGGGGCGGCCUCGCGUACUCGGGGCUAGACACGUUUGUCCUGAAGGGCCGCACGCCCUGGACGUUCCGCAACCGCCAGCGCACGACCGACGCGGCGCACACGAAGCCCACGGGCGCCCCGGGCGUCAAGCCGAUACAGUACCCGCCGUUCCGCCCGCCGCUGAGCACGGACCUGCUGACGUCGCUCGCCCUGACGGGGACGAACCACGCGGAGGAUCAGCCGGUGCAUUUGCGGGUGACGAAGGAGGGGUUGGAGGGCGCGGAGGUGAGGAAGGAGCAUGUAAGACGGAAUGUGGGGGAGUUUGCGGGGCUCUUGGGGAGGGCGUGUCCUGCGGGGGUUUAUGAGUAUGUGGAGGACGAGGAGAAGGCGCGGGAGGCGGGGUGGGAGGGGAAGGCGUUGGUGAUCAAUUCGCAGAAUUGUAUACAUUGCAAACUUUGUGAUAUCAAGGUGCCGACGCAGGAUAUCAAUUGGACCGUGCCGGAAGGCGGGGGAGGGCCGAAAUACACGAUUACAUAAUAUUUAUUACCAUUGCAAAUGUAGCAUAUGCUUGGAUACUGAAAGUACAGCACCGAGACCUUGGACUGUUCCUGUGUGGACCAGUGGUUUCAAGAGACCGGAAACAGUCAGCCCUCAGACUACCCUCAAUGGGUCGCAAUAAGCUGACUUCGCCGGCAUGAGAUUGCAAGUGGGAGAAAUGUGGGAGGUACGGGAGACGGGUGGUCAC